GGCGGUGCAGGUGGCGGCGCGCGCCCUCCGCCACUGGGCCCGGGCCAGGCUGCGCUCAGCGCGCCUGGAGGGGCGGGAGGGGCGGGGCGGCCCCGGUCCCAGCCCCAUUUAACUUCGCGGCGGCGGCUGCGGCAACUGCGGCGCCGCGGGCUGGAGGCCGGCGUCGGGGAAGGUCACGGUACCGGAUUGUGCACGAGGUGUUGAUCCGGCCGCUUCUCCCGGUGGCUCCCCAGUGCGCCCAGCCGGGGCUGCACGUUCCGGACGCUUCUGCAGCGCAAGGCUUUAAGUGAGAUCCCCAGGAGACCAGACCUAAUGGCUUCCUGGAAGACCCCCUGGUGGUUGCUGAAGUGGAUGGUUUUCACACACUCUACCCUUCUGCAGACCAUUGCAGAGAAGUCUCCGGGAGCCUAUUUCCUUCCUGAGUUUGCACUCUCUCCUCAGGGAAGUUUUCUCGAAGAUACAACAGGGGAGCAGUUCCUUACUUAUCGCUAUGAUGACCAGACCUCAAGACACGCUCAUUCAGAAGAAGAAAAAGAUGGCAACUGGGAUGCCUGGGGAGCCUGGAGCGACUGCUCUCGGACGUGUGGGGGCGGCGCGUCCUACUCCCUGCGCAGAUGCCUGACUGGGAGGAAUUGUGAAGGGCAGAAUAUUCGGUAUAAGACAUGCAGCAAUCAUGACUGCCCUCCGGAUGCAGAAGACUUUAGAGCCCAGCAGUGUUCCGCCUACAAUGAUGUUCAGUAUCAAGGACAUUACUAUGAAUGGCUUCCGCGGUACGAUGACCCUGCUGCCCCGUGUGCACUCAAGUGUCAAGCGCGGGGACAAAACUUAGUCGUGGAGCUGGCACCUAAAGUCCUGGAUGGGACCCGCUGCAACGCUGACUCCCUGGACAUGUGCAUCAGUGGCGCCUGUCAGGCAGUGGGCUGCGACCGGCAGCUGGGGAGCAGCGCCAAGGAGGACAACUGCGGAGUCUGUGCCGGCGAUGGCGCCACCUGCAGGCUUGUGCGGGGACAGUCGAAGUCACACGUUUCUCCUGAAAAAAGAGAGGAAAAUGUAAUUGCUGUUCCUUUGGGAAGUCGAAGUGUGAGAAUCACAGUGAAAGGACCUGCCCACCUCUUUAUUGAAUCAAAAACGCUGCAAGGAAGCAAAGGUGAACACAGUUUUAACAGCGCUGGAGUCUUUGUUGUAGAAAACACAACAGUUGAAUUUCAGAAGAGUUCAGAGAGGCAAACCUUUAAGAUUCCAGGACCUCUGAUGGCUGAUUUCAUCUUCAAGACCAGGUACACUGUGGCCAGAGACAGUGUGGUCCAGUUCUUCUUUUACCAGCCCAUCAGUCAUCAGUGGAGACAAACUGACUUCUUUCCUUGCACUGUGACAUGUGGAGGAGGAUAUCAGCUCAAUUCUGCAGAAUGUGUGGAUAUCCGCUUGAAGAGAGUCGUUCCCGACCAUUAUUGCCACUACUACCCUGAAAAUGUGAAGCCCAAACCCAAACUGAAGGAAUGUGGCAUGGACCCUUGCCCAUCAAGUGAUGGAUUUAAAGAGAUUAUGCCCUACGACCAUUUCCAACCUCUUCCUCGCUGGGAACAUAAUCCUUGGACUGCGUGCUCUGUGUCCUGUGGGGGAGGGAUUCAGAGGCGGAGCUUCGUGUGUGUAGAGGAAUCCAUGCAUGGGGAGGUGCUGCAGGUGGAGGAAUGGAAGUGCAUGUACGCGCCCAAGCCCAAGGUCAUGCAGACUUGCAAUCUGUUUGAUUGCCCCAAGUGGAUCGCCAUGGAGUGGUCUCAGUGCACAGUGACUUGUGGCCGAGGGUUACGUUACCGGGUUGUUCUGUGCAUCAACCAUCGUGGACAGCACGUUGGGGGCUGCAACCCACAGCUGAAGUUACACAUCAAGGAAGAAUGUAUCAUUCCAAUCCCAUGUUAUAAACCAAAGGAAAAAAGUCCUGUGGAAGCUAAAUCACCUUGGCUGAAACAAGCGCAAGAACUAGAAGAGACCAGAAUAGCGACGGAAGAACCAACGUUCAUUCCAGAACCCUGGUCAGCAUGCAGCACCACUUGUGGACCAGGUAUUCAGGUCCGAGAGGUGAAGUGCCGCGUGCUCCUCACGUUCAUGCAGACGGAGACCGAGCUGCCUGAGGAAGAGUGUGAAGGCCCCACGCUGCCAACAGAGCGCCCCUGCCUCCUGGAAGUAUGUGAUGAGAGCCUGGGCUCCCAAGAGCUGGACAGUCCCCUCCACGAGGACAGUGAGGUGACUUACGACUGGGAGUAUGCAGGGUUUACCCCUUGCACUGCGACGUGUUUGGGAGGCCGUCAGGAAGCCAUAGCAGUGUGCUUACAUAUCCAGACCCAGCAGACGGUCAACGACAGCUUAUGUGACAUGGUCCACCGCCCUCCAGCAAUGAGCCAGGCCUGUAACACGGAACCCUGCCCCCCCAGGUGGCACCUGGGUUCCUGGGGGGCCUGCUCAGCAACCUGUGGUGUUGGAAUUCAGACCCGGGACGUGUAUUGCCUAUACCCGGGGGAGUCCCCUGCCCCUUCUGAGGAGUGCAGAGAUGAAAAGCCCCAUGCCUUACAAGCAUGCAAUCAGUUUGACUGCCCCCCCAGCUGGCAUAUUGAAGAAUGGCAGCAGUGUUCCAGGACAUGUGGUGGAGGAACUCAGAAUCGAAGAGUCACCUGUCGGCAGCUGCUAACAGAUGGCAGCUUUUUGAAUCUCUUGGAUGAAUUGUGCCAGGGACCCAAAGCGUCAGUCCACAAGUCCUGUGCCAGGACAGACUGUCCCCCACACUGGGCUGUGGGAGACUGGUCAGAGUGUUCUGUCAGUUGUGGUGCUGGGAUCCAGAGGAGGGAGCAGGUGUGUCAGAGGAUGACAGUCAAAGGCCGGCACGUUCCCCUCAGUGAGAUGAUGUGCAGGGAUCUCCCGGGGCUCCCUCUCGAAAGGUCCUGCCAGAUGCCUGUGUGCAGGAAAAUGAAACCAGAGAUGAAAACAAAACUUAGUGAGCAGGGACCCCAGAUCCUCAGUGUCCAGAGAGUCUACAUUCAGACAAGGGAGGAGAAGCGUAUUAACCUGACCAUCGGUAGCAGAGCCUAUUUGCUGCCCAAUACAUCUGUGAUUAUCAAAUGCCCAGUGCGAAGAUUCCAGAAAUCUCUGAUCCGGUGGGAGAAGGAUGGCCAUUGCCUGCAGAACUCCAAACGGCUUGGUGUCACCAAGUCUGGCUCACUAAAGAUCCACAGUCUCGCUGCCCCAGACAUCGGUGUGUACCGGUGCAUUGCCGGCCCUGCACAGCAAACAGCAGUGCUGAAGCUCAUCGGUACAGAUAACCGGCUCAUUGCACACCCAGCCCUCCAAGAACACCUGAGGGCAUUUCCUGGGAUGGACCACAAUGAAGCCAAUGGCUUAGGAGUCACAUGGCAUAAAAUGCGGCAGAUGUGGAGUGACAAACAUGAGCUUUAUCUGGGUGAUGGCCAAAUUCCUAACCAGUCUUUCCUGAGAGCUCUUUUAGGCCACUGCAGCCAUUUGGAAGGAAACAGCAACUCCUGGGAGUUUAAAGACAAGCAGUUUGAAGCGGCAGUUAAACAGGGGGCCUAUAGCAUGGAUGCAGCCCAAUUUGAUGAGCUGAUAAGAAACAUGAGUCAGCUCAUGGAGACCGGAGAGGUCAGUGACGACCUGGCAUCCCAGGUGAUUUACCAGUUGGUGGCUGAGUUAGCUAAGGUGCAGCCCAUACACAGGCAAUGGAGGGGCAUCCAGGAAGAGGUGACUCCUGCUGUUCAGCUCAGGGGGGGGACAGAAAGUGUGCCCCAAAGCACGAAUGCAAAGAACUCAGGCAAGUUGACAUUCAAGCCAAAGGGACCUGUCCUCAGGAGGCAAAGCCAACCUCCCUCAGUCUCAUUUAAUAAAACAAUAAAUUCAAGAAUUGGAAAUAUAGUAUAUAUCACAAAAAGGACAGAGGUCAUCAACAUACUGUGUGACGUUAUUACCCCCAGUGAGGCCACAUAUACGUGGACCAAGGAUGGAGCACUGUUACAGCCCUCAGUGAAAAUCAUUCUGGAUGGAACUGGGAAGAUGCAGAUACGGAAUCCUACAAGGAAAGAACAAGGAAUAUACGAGUGCGCUGUAGCUGAUCGCCGCGGGUCAGAUGUGGAGAGUUCUUCUGUGCUGUACGCAGAGGCACCUGUCAUCUUGUCUGUUGAAAGAAACAUCACCAAACCAGCGCACAACCAUCUGUCCAUUGUGGUUGGAGGCACCGUGGAGGCAGCCCUUCAAGCAAAUGUGACGAUCCGAUGUCCUGUGAAAGGUGUUCCUCAGCCUAAUAUAACUUGGUUGAAGAAAGGAGGAUCUCUGAGUGACAAUGUUUCCUUGCUUUUCAAUGGAUCCCUGUUGUUGCAGAACAUUUCCCUUGAAAAUGAGGGCACCUAUAUCUGCACAGCCACCAACGCUCUUGGAAAGGCAGUGGCAGCAUCUGUGCUCCACCUGCUGGAACGAAGAUGGCCAGAGAGUAAAACUGUAUUUCCCAAGGGACAUAAAAAGUCUGUUCUCAAGGCAUCUGAUAGUAGAGCCAACAGCAAUGGCCCAACAGGAGAACCCCUGCUUCAAGAGCCUGUUUGGGAGCCUGGUAACUGGUCACAUUGUUCUGCCACCUGUGGACACUUGGGAGCCCGCAUUCAGAGACCCCGUUGUGUGAUGGCCAAUGGGCAGGAAGUGAGUGAGACCAUGUGUGAGCACCUCCAGAAGCCACUGCCUGGGUUUCAGCCUUGUAACGUCCAGGACUGCCCUGCGAGGUGGCUCACUAAUGCGUGGUCGGAGUGCUCUGUGACUUGCGGUGAAGGAUUCCACAGUCGGCAAGUGACAUGCAAGCAGAUAGGAGCUGAUGGAAUGGUGCAGGUUGUGUCUCCAGCAGCGUGUGCCCAUGGAGACCGGCCUCUGGGAAGAAAGCCAUGUUCUGUCCAUCCAUGUGCUCCAGGGGAACCAGGGAACCAGUGUCCUGGACGUUGCAUGGGUCAUGGUGUGAGGAUGCAGCAGCACCACACAGCUUGUCAGCACCACAACAGCUCUGACUCCAACUGUGACAAUAGAAGGAGGCCCACCUUACAGAGGAACUGCACGUCAGAGACCUGCGAUAUUUGUUGGCGUGCGGGCCCCUGGAGGCCCUGUACAGCAGCCUGUGGCAGGGGUUUCCAGUCUCGAAAAGUUGACUGUCUGCACACAAGGAGCUGCAUGCCUGUGGCUGAGAGACACUGUGUGCAGAAAAAGAAACCAGCUUCCUGGCGGCACUGUCUGGGGCCUUCCUGUGAUAGUAUGUACCCCUCUCAGGAGAUUGCACAGAUACAACACACUACUGCAUGUCUGUGAAGCGCCUUAAUCUGUGUUCGCUGCCCCUCUACAGACAAAGGUGCUGUCAGUCGUGUCGAAAAGGAUAAACCUCUGGAGGGGUCAUGAUGCUGCUGUGAAGAUAAAAGGAAAAUAUCAAAGCUCUUCUCCCCAUGUCGCUGGUUCAGAAUAUAUAUGUAUUUCUUAAAAGACUCUAGAUUCUAUGAUCAAAGAGGGGUUGAUACAAAAACACCACUGUUAAAAUUUUGUAAAGUGAAAUUUUCUUAUGGUCAAUUUUUAAUUCCAAUUUUUAAAAUUGUUGCAUUCCAGGAUUAACAAAAAUACCAUAACAUACCUGUCAUUGCACAUGGGACCUCAUCAAGUCUGUCUAACCAGGAAAUCCCCAAGAUCACAGGGCACCAUCAUGUGCUGCCUCUUUCCUGUGAUUUGUGGAUUAGCUCAGAGUGGUACAGCCUGAAAACCUGGGAAGCACAGCAACUGAUGACUUUUCAAGUUGUAGAGUUUCUAUAGGUUUUAAGGUAUUUACAUUUUAGAAGCUCUGGCCAGUUAAGAUGUUAGAUCCUUAAGUUUAGUCUGUGACAAAGAGACAGUCUCUCUGGACAGGCUUGUGGCACUGACUGACCACAGAUUCAUGGAGGAUGGCAUCUUGUCCUUGCCCUUAGAGCUCUCAUGGAAGAAAACACACAGUAGAUAUCACUGCCAAUUUCACAACUACAGAAAUCUGUGACCAAGUGAGACAUCUUGGAAGUCAAAGAAGAGGGAAAGUUACCCUUUUCUACUGAUUUCGAAGAACACAUAUAUUCAAAGCUUUUUUAAAGAACUGUGAAUGAAUCUGUUUUAAAGCACUAUUCUGUUGCACACAAGCAGAAAUACCAAAGCCUUAUUAGACCUAAUUUAUGCAUAGAAUAAUAUCCUGAGGAUUUUUAUUUUGGAAAAUUUAUAAGAAAGUAAUCUAAAUAAGAAAUGUGAUAGUUAAAAAGAAUUGUUUAUAGUAAAUAAAUGUUUUAAUUUGAGCAAUUUUUCAGCAAAUCCAAAGUGAAUUAGGUUAGGCUAGAAGUUACACUGUUCAGGUUAGAGUUAGGAUUUGGUUUAGGAUUUAGAGAAAAAGGCAAAGAUUAGUUUUAGUUUUAGGAUUAGAGCUAGAACUGGGUUAGGUGAGAAAAGGAGUUAAGUUAGGGUUAAGCUAGAGUUGGCUUUAGGGGUUAGGGACAGGGCCAAUUGAGGUCAGGAUUGAGUUGGUUUUAGAUUGGGGCCAAUGCUGGUGUUAGUGACAGUGUCAGGGUGAAAGUUAAGUUCGGAGUAAAUGUUGUUGCUGAAGUAGAUUCAGGCUGGCAUUAAAUUGUCAGUUGUAGAGCUGAUUUGGUUAUGGGGCUCUUUCUCUUAUAUCCUAGUGAUGACUUUAGAUGACACACAACCCAAAAUAACUGGUCAUACUUCUUUAUUCUGUGUCCCAGCUGCCUGCACACAUGCUGCCUACAGCCUUGUUGGCCACAGAGUUAUCUGCAGCAGGUUGUGCUGGACCUGGUCCCUGGUCAGUAUAAGUGAACCGUGCAUUGUGGCUUUGGCUUUGUCUGUGGACAAGCCUGCUGAGUUCCUCUACAAUAUUCUGGGCACCAGGUUUGUCCUCACUGACACUGGGAUGAGCACUACUGUAUGUAGGGGGGUUUGGUGGCUGGGGAUGAUAGAAGAAGGUGAAGAGGAUACACCAGCCCAUGAGUUGUUAAUGGUCAAUCACAUUUGAUUGUUGGUUAUUAAAUUAAAAGAAAGAUCAUUUGUAAAUUACUCUUUGUAUAUAUUUAUGAUAUGAAUUAAAGGUGCAAUAUUUUAUUUUGUACAGUAUGUAAUAAUAAAGACAUGGGACAUAUAUUUUUCUUAUUAACAAAAUUUCUUAUUAAAUUGCUUCACCUUUGUAUUUAAAAUUAAAGGUUACUAUUUUUCAUUGGCUGUUAUACUUUUAUCAUUGUCAUUCAAAUGGCAUUCUGGUGUACUGUAUUUUACUACUGUUUUUAUAACACGAAAGUUAAUGUUUCUCUUUCAUGAUUCUUAAGUAAUUCAGAAAUAAAUUUACUUUUAUUAUUCAGUGGCAUCCUUAUAAAUGUAGGCACUUAUUUGUGUUAUAUUUUUUGUAUCCUUGGGUAUCGUCACCUUGGCUGCCUGCUUGUUACUUUAGGAGCAACCCCAAUGGGGUUCAAUGCCACCUUGGACUUUCCUUUG